GUGACCGUGACAUCCUUAAACAUGGCGGAGAGCGGUGAACGUGCAGAGAUCUCUGUGAGGAAGAGACGUGUUGGCAGUAAGAGAACAGAGACAGACUCCGCUGUUAGCGGUGGAGAAGAUGGAAAACACUCCAGCAGCGACGCAGAGAAAGAGAAGCCGCUUCUGUCCUUACAGCCCGGGACUUACUGGCUCACUCGCAUUGUGCUGCUGCGCUCCGUCGCCUUUAUUUACUUUGUGGCCUUCAGUGUUGCUUACAACCAGAACAAGCAGCUGAUUGGUGAACAUGGCUUGAUGCCCUGUAAGAGCUACCUCAGAAGUGUCAAGCGCUAUGUUGGGGGGAAGAUCGGAAUGGCCGCCAUGGCGUACACCCCCUCCGUUCUCUGGUUCUUUGACUGGAGCGACAUGGACGCCAACCUGGAUGGCAUCGCCCUGUUGGGGAUGGCGCUGUCAGGGUUUGUCCUGGUGAUGGGAAUGGCCAACAUGGUGAUCAUGCUCACACUGUGGGUGCUAUACCACUCCCUGGUCAACGUAGGACAGCUGUGGUACUCCUUUGGUUGGGAGAGUCAGCUGUUGGAGACGGGCUUCCUGGCUAUUUUCUUGUGUCCGGUGUGGACUCUGUCCCAGGUUCCCCACCGGUGCCCCCCGUCUCUCAUCUGUAUCUGGACCUUCAGAUGGCUCAUUGUUCGCAUCAUGCUGGGGGCUGGUCUUAUAAAAAUCAGAGGAGACAAAUGCUGGAGAGACCUCACCUGCAUGGACUAUCACUAUGAGACCCAACCAGUUCCCAAUCCCAUGUCAUACUACAUUCACCGCUCUCCGUGGUGGUUCCAUCGCUUUGAGACCUUGUCGAACCACUUUGUCGAACUCAUCGUCCCGUUCUUCACUUUCCUGGGCAGGCGGAUGUGUAUGGUUAAUGGAGCAAUCCAGAUCCUUUUCCAGGUGGUUUUGAUAGUGAGCGGGAACCUUAGCUUUCUGAACUGGCUCACCAUCGUUCCCAGUUUGGCCUGCUUUGACGAUGCAUCGCUGGGCUUCUUGUUUCGCUCUGGGGCUGGAGCCAAGGAAGCAGUGCUGGAGAUACAGAGUGAGGAUGUAGCUGGACGCACCCCAGCACCUACCAAAGGUAUGUUGAUUCGUCGGGUGGUUAACAUAUCUUUGGGCAUUCUGAUUGGCUGCCUGAGCAUCCCUGUGGUGAUGAACCUGCUGAGUUCCAGGCAGGUGAUGAACACAUCCUUUGACCCGCUGCGCAUUGUCAACACGUACGGAGCGUUUGGCAGCAUCACUAAGGAACGUACUGAGGUGAUUUUCCAGGGCACUCUGAGCCCAGAUCCCAAGGACCCUGAAGCAUUGUGGGAGGAGUACCAGUUCAUGUGCAAGCCGGGGGACGUGUACCGGCGGCCGUGCCUCCUCUCGCCGUACCACUAUCGACUGGACUGGCUCAUGUGGUUCGCUGCCUUCCAGACCUACGAGCAGAGUGAGUGGGUGAUCCACAUAGCAGGACGCCUGCUGUCCAACGACAGCACAGUCCUCUCACUUCUCGACCACAACCCGUUCCAAGGCAGAGACUCACCCAGGUGGGUUCGGGGAGAACAUUUCAGGUACAAGUUCAGCCAGCCAGGCAGUGCCAGCGCAGCACAGGGCAAGUGGUGGCUGAGGAAACGCAUCGGAGCUUACUUCCCUCCUGUGAACCUGGAAGGACUCAGGGGCUACUUCCAAUCCAGGAACUGGCCCCACCCGCAUUUACAGCAGAACAGAAAGUAAAGCCGUGAGCUCUGAAACUCACUGUGAAGAAGGGUGGGAUUCGAUUUCAUGAAGAACUUUUUCAUUGAUAUCGAGCAUCCACACAUUUAUUCCCACAUGAUGUGAGGGUUUUUGUAAAGCUUUCAAUUAAAGGUGGGAAGUUGCUCGCCUUUGUAUAUCUGAAUGAGUGCAGUUUCUAUAUUAAAAGGGAUCUACACAUAUGUAAUGAUCAGCUUUCCUGCUUUUUCUUGUGUGUUUGGUUCAUGCAGAGAGAUGUCCCACCAUAUUUGUGUCUGUUCCGACAGUCUUUUAGAUAGUUUGGUCAUUUGUGUCACUAAAGACGUACUCAUAUAAGACAUGGUAUCUCCUUUCACUGUUAUGCAGAUGAUUCACAGAUCUACCUCCCACUGAAACGCAAAUCUGUGAACCCUCUGAAGAGAUUGUUCGAUUGUCUGGAAGAUGUUAAGAUAUGGAUGACUCUAAAUCUUCUCAAUCUAAAUGAACAGAAACCUGAGAUCAUUGUCUUCGGCCCUAGUGACCAUUACGACCUCGGCCCCUUAGAAAAUUAUAAAAAACCGUUUGCGAGGAAUUUAGGUGUGAUUUUUGAUAGUAAUUAAACAUUCAAUAAACAGAUAAAUAAUGUGAUCAAGACCAGCUUCUUUCACCUCCGCUUACUUGCAAAGGCAAAGCCAUUUCUCUGCUUCAGAGACUUUGUGAAAGCAAUCCAUGCCUUUAUUUCAUCUCGCCUCGACUUCUGCAACAGCCUUUACUCUGGUGUUACUUCGUCAUCUAUUGGCCGGCUAAAGCUGGUUCGAAAUGCUGCGGCAAGGCUUUUGACUGGCAAGUGGAAGAGAGAGCACAUAUCCCCUACACUCGUCUCGCUGCACUGGCUGCCAGUAAGGUUUCGAAUUGAUUUUAAGAUCUUGACACUUGUUUUUAAAACAUUGCAUGGACUAGCUCCUAUAUAUCUUUCUGAUCUUUUAAAUUGGUAUACUCCGGCAAGAUCUUUGAGGUCUGUGGCCCAAAUGCUUCUGGUUGUCCCAGGUCUGGAUUAAAACAGGAGAUUGGGUAUUUUGCUGUGACUGCUGCGAAACUGUGGAAUAAACUGCCUUUACAUAUCAGGACCUGCAACACUGGAUACUUUUAAAACUCGUUUAACCUCCUAGGACCUGGCGUCCACAUCACAUACAAAGUUUUUCUCUACAAGGGCCUGAUAUCCACUUACGAGGACAUUAUACUGCAACUGUUCUAUUGAAAUUUAAAGCGAAAUGUCGUCAUGUGUGGAUCUAAUUUUUCUCAGAAACAAAAAUCGGGUAAAAAAAAUAAAUUUAAAAAAAUCUGGUAAUUCUUUAUUUUUAAAUUCAUCAGGUCCCAAUCAGCUCAAAUAUCAAAGAGAAAUUUAAAAUGCAUGCCAUGAAAGAGUUCGGGUCUCAGGAGGUUAAAGACCCAUUUUUACUCUUUGGCUUUUAAUUCUGUACGAGUCUGUCAUUAUUUUAUUCUUAUUAUUUUCUUAUCUUUUAUUUUACUUUCCUUUUUAAUUUGAUCUGAUUAUUUUAUUGUACAGGUCAACAGUUGUUGUUUUUAAAAGUGCUAUAUAAAUAAAUUGAUUUGAUGGUUGCGUUGUACCAACCAUGACUGCAA